CUGGAGCAGGAGAGGAAAGUGCCCGAGCGUGGCGGCAUGGACGGCCAAGAGCAACAAGCAAACGCGGUCAAGGUUGUGGUGAAGAUCGUCGUACAGAACCUGGAGAAGAAGGCGGGGCUUGCAACCAGACUCGUCGAGCAAUACCAACCAGACAUCCUGCUGGCGCAGGAGUUAAACCGCUCUUCGGAGGAAAUCGACACCGUUAGUAACUUGUCAAGACUAGGCUUCGGAACGGGCAUAUACAGCCGAGCUGCAACCAUCACGAAUGUGCGGAGAGUCACCAGCCCACACGCCGAGAUUGGCGGAUUCGUCUUCAAGAAAACAAUCGUGGCGGAUUGUGUGGGGGUCCAGUUUGCGUCGUUUCAUGGCUACAACGGACAGCCUUUCCGAAAGAUUGACAACCUUAUCGACCAUGUGAACGCCGUUUUGUCGGUACUCGAUUCAGAUCGUCCAUGCCUGUUUGCGGGUGACUUUAACACGUGGUCACAGGCCCACAUCGAUGCUACCACAUCUGUCCUUGGUGAUGCAGGCUUUGUCUUGGCGUGCUCGUGGCCGUAUCCGGGAAGAGAUCUUCCUUUGGAUCAUGCGUUCGUUCGAGGCGUACAACUCGAGAGCUCGUUUUCGUAUGGCUGUGAAUCAGAUCAUAACGGGGCGGUGCUCGAGAUAAGCCUUCCUUAGCUUCAGCAAUGUCGAUAUGACACAAAACGAGCGUCUCGGUGAUACACACAAGAGUAAAGUGGUACUUUUGGGGGUAAUUUUGGGUACUUUGCCGUGUGACGAUACAUACAUAAGCGAACUGUGGAAUAAGUUUCUCCAACGAACAAUGCUCGACGUUGAUUUCCAACCCCUCUUCGAUUGACCCCUUUUGUAGAGAAGUACUGUUGCUGCCGAACUCACGGUCGUCAAGUGAUCAUUAUUGGGCGCAGUCUGCUCUCGACACCAUCAAUAAUAUUUUGUCGUUCGC